AUGGGAUUGGCGCCUAAAAAUGUUGUGGCUCUCCUCUUGGCCGAGUUCGGAACCGGGAACUCCGAAGACGCGACUUACGAGGAGAUUCGGAUGGCAACCCGACUGAAGAUUCUGCUGUCUCAAGCGGCGGAAGACGCGAAUAUUGAGGUUCAAACGGACGAUGAGAUUAUGGACAACAAUAGCAGUGGACUGAACGUCCGGAAGGACGUUCAGUCGAUGUGA